UUGUCUCCAUCCGGCCGCCGUAGUGAACGGGAAGACAGCCGUGCUGAAGACGAAUGACAACAUGGCUGGAAGAGUGGCGGAGCCGAAUCGUGCCACCUCGGGAGGUGGAAAUGCCAAAAGAAAAGCGGCUCCCGACCAGGAGGAAGAGGAGUUGCCGCUCCAGGCUGUCAUUGUAGCUGACAGCUUCAAUCGGAGAUUUUUCCCCAUUACGAAAGAUCAACCAAGAGCUCUUUUACCUCUUGCUAAUGUGGCCAUGAUUGACUACACCCUAGAGUUCCUCACUUCCACGGGGGUCCAGGAGACCUUUGUGUUUUGUUGCUGGAUGUCCAAUAAAAUAAAGGAGCACUUGUUGAAUUCAAAAUGGUGUCGUCCCACCUCCCCAAACACAGUCCACAUCAUCACUUCAGACCUGUACCGGUCCCUGGGCGAUGUGCUUCGGGAUGUAGACCACAAGAACCUUGUGCGCUCAGACUUUCUUCUGGUCUAUGGGGACGUGGUGUCAAAUAUAGAUGUCACCCAAGCUCUGCAGGAGCACAGGCAACGCCGUAAAAUUGAAAAGAACAUCUCUGUGAUGACGAUGAUCUUCAAAGAGUCCUCCCCUGGUCACAAGACCCGCUGCGAGGAGGAUGAUGUCAUUGUUGCCAUGGACAGCAAGAGCAAAUGUGUGCUUCACUACCAGAAGACCCAUGGGCUGAAGAGGCUGCAGUUCCCCAUGAAUAUAUUCCACAGUGGAAGCGAUGAGUUUGAAAUUCGACAUGACCUUCUUGACUGCCACAUCUGCAUUUGCUCUCCUCAGGUUGCAGAGCUGUUCACAGACAACUUUGACUACCAGACGAGAAAUGACUUUGUACGUGGGAUUCUGGUCAAUGAAGAGAUCCUGGGGAACCAGAUCCACCUCCAUGUGACGGGAGACGGCUAUGGGGCUCGCGUGUCCAACCUGCUGAUGUACGACUCCGUCUCCUCGGACAUGGUCCGGCGCUGGGUGUACCCCCUCACCCCUGAGGCCAACUUCACUGACCAGGAGGGGCAGGGCUGCACGCACUCCCGCCACAACGUGUACCGCGGCGCUGGCGUCAGCCUGGGCCACGGCAGCCAGAUGGUGGAGAAUGUGCUGAUUGGCCGGGAGACCAGCAUCGGGGCCAACUGCCACAUUUCAAACAGCGUCAUUGGCAACAACUGCAUCAUUGGGGACAAUGUGGUUCUGGACAGGGCCUACAUCUGGAACAACGUUUGUAUUGCCAACGACUCGGAGAUCAGGCAGUCAGUCCUCUGCGACAACGUGGUGGUGAAGGAGAAGGUGAAGCUGAAGCGCCAGUGCGUGCUUGCGUUUAACGUGGUGGUAGGCCCAAACAUAUCUCUUCCGGAAGGCACCGUGGUGUCCAUGCACAAUCCCGAUGAGGAGGAGGAUGAGGACGAGGACGAGUUCCUGAGCGACGAUGCUGAAGUCAGCAACAGCCAGACAAAGACGAAACUCAAAGCCUUCAGUGCUACAGAGGUUGGCGUGGAGGGCAGGGGCUACAUUUGGAGGGCAAGCAGCUUGGCAGAGGCAGACGAAGAAGAACUUGCACAGUCUCUGUGGGGGCUGGAGCUGAAUCCUGACCCGGAGAGUGACAGCGAGAGCGAGGCGAGCGAGGGCUCUCACGACCUGGGCAGCCGCGGAGUGUCGCCAGAGCUGGACGACGUCUCAGUGUUCCAUACAGAGGUACUGGGAACCUUACAGAGAGGACAGGAAGAGAACAUUGGCUGUGACAAUCUGGUGCUGGAGAUCAACUCUUUGAAGUAUGCCUACAACAUCUCGCUGAAGGAGGUGAUGCAGAUCCUGACUAAGGUGGUGCUGGAGUUCCCCUUGCAGCAGCAGGGUUCCCAGCUGACAGCCCCCCAGUACUGCUCUUCACUGCUACCGCUGUUGAAGAAAUGGGCUCCUGUUUUCAAGAAUUACAUCAAGAGAGCCCAAGAUCACCUUGACUGCCUGGGGGCCAUAGAGGAGUUCUUCCUGGAGCAUGAGGCCUUCUGGGGCGUCAUGGUGAAAGUUUUAAUGAAUGUCUACCAGCUGGAAAUCUUAGAGGAAGAAGCCAUAAUGCGAUGGUUUUCCCACGGCGUGACUUCAGAUAAGAGCCGGCUUCUACGCAAGAACCAGGGGCUCUUAAAGUUCAUCCAAUGGCUAGAGGAGGCAGAGGAUGAGUCAUCAGAGGAGGAGGGGGAUGGAGCAUGAGCCAGGCACCCCCUACACAACCCCACAGAAUGGCCCUGAGCAGGAACACUUGGGGUGGGGGUGUGUGUAUCAACUGAGAUUGGGGGGGGGAGUGGACCAUAUGUUGGUCGCUGCUUUGAAACUUAUUUUUCAUGUGUUGACUGAAAACUGAUAAUUUCAGGUCAGACUUGGUCAAGGGCUUCAACACAGACCAGCACUGUCAGUCAUGUGAGCGCUCCCCCCUGCCCAAAAGAAUGAAUAUUUAAAAAAACAAAGAGCCCCCCCCCCCCCAAA